AUGUCGUCCGACCACUCGGGCACGCUCGACCACGCCCGCCUGCACCGCCGCGUUAAGCGCCAGGCCGCCGUCGCCAACCCCUCGGUCCCCGCCGCGUCGGCCGCCGACCCGGCCACCGCCCCCGGCGCGGGCAACGAUGCCGCAGCCGACACGAGCGCACCAGCGCAACCUGCGACGACGACCACGACCCGCGCUGCAGCCGCCGCAACCACGACGACGACCGCCCAGCAGGUCAUCGAGUCGACCUCGAGCGCCGCGCCCUCGUCGAGCACGACCACGGCCGCCCCGGUCGAGAGCUCGACUACCGCCGAGCCGUCCACGACCACGACCCCGAGCACGACCUCGACCACGACCACCACCCAGGCGCCGACGACGACGAGCGCCGCCCCGACCACCUCGUCGACCACGACUUCCACUCCCGAGACGACCUCGUCCGCAACCAGCGAGUCCUCCUCGUCCACGGCCGUCGCCCUCUCGACCUCGGAUGCCACCUCGACCACGAUCGUCAUCGUCUCGGGCUCAGCCGCCUCGCCGUCGUCGUCGAGCGCGCUCCCGACCGCGUCCUCGGCGGGCGACAACGGCUCGAGCGGCUCGUCGAGCCUCGGAACGGGCAGCGUCAUCGGCAUCGUCGCAGGCGCCGUCGUCGGCAUCAUCGUCGUCGCAGGUGUUGCCGUCUGGCUCUUCAAGAAGAAGUUCUCGCGCGACGACGACGACGAUCAAGUGUCGCCUUUCGACCGCGACGAGUUCCGCCGGGCGUCCGUCAUGCUCGACGACGUCGACGAGGCGCACCACUACGAGGCGGCCGCCGCCGCCGCGCAGUACGCGCACUCGCACGGUCACUCGCCCCAGAUGAGCGAGUACUCGAUGCACGAGAUGUACCCGGGCGGCGCGACCGGCCUCGGCCGCUCCGAGACGCUCAUGUCGAACGGGUCCGGCGGCGGCGUCCUGCCCGGGCUCGCGCGCGGCCAGACCCUCAUGAACCCGCGCCCGCCGACCAUGAUCAGCAACCACUACGCCCACCACCAGCAGCAGCAGCAGCAGUUCAUGCCGUCGUACGCGCCCGGCCAGGUCGUCCCGAGCGUGCCGCAGCAGGCCUACCACAACGGCGGCGCGAGCAUGUCGUCCACCAUGGACCUGUACGGCAACACGGGCGGGCCCGGCCCGUACGCUCCCGCCAUCGGCGUCCCGGCGGGCACGCCGUACGGCAACGCGCAGCAGCUCGACCGCUCGCUCGGCAGCGCCAACGCCGGCUCGUGGCGCGGCGGCAACGGCAACGGCGGCGGCGGCGCCGGCGACCUGAGCCGCAACAACUCGCAGCUGUCGAGCUACUCGCAAAUCUCGUCGCCGGCCGACGCGCCCGUCUACCUCCCCGCCGCGCUCCGGGCCGGCGGGAGCUCGCACGGCCACGGCGGUCCUGGCGGCGCCGGCGGCUACCCGGACGAGCGGCCUCUGAGCCGGGUCCACGAGGACGACGAGGCGGCGCCGUCGUACCGCAGCGAGUACGGCGUCGCGCUCGGCGGCGCAGGAGGGUACGGCGGCGGGUACGCGCACCAGCACCAGCACCAGCAGAUGCACGGCGAGAGCCUGAGCCGCAGCGGCACGCCCACCAACGCCAACGUGCAGCAGACCUUCUUCGAGCCGUCGCACACCGGCGGACCGGCCGGCGGCGCGUCGGCGCAGGCCCAGGACGCCAAGUGGGACCUCUACCACGGCGCCGGCUCUGCCGGUCGCGCCCCGGCCGGCCCGUCGUCGCAUGCGCAGAGCGGCGUCGUCGGCCAGGCGUGGAGCGACGAGGAGCUGUCGGCGCUCGCCGGCGGGCAGCAGCGUCGAGGCGCGGCUUCGCCGGGAGGCGACAAGCUCGAGCGGCGGCUGUCGAUCCGCAACGGCGGCCUCGACGCGUACGGCGAUGACGAGCAGGACGCGGCGGCUGCCGCCGCGGCGUCGACCGUUUUUUAA